AGCUCCUCCUUUUAGAAGGCGGGUAUUCCACUCCACGCACCGGCAGGAAACUCUUAAGCCUGGCAUUUCACUGCUUCUUGAUUUAUUUAAGAGUCUCUCUGCUACCCUAAUCUGAGUCCUGUUAACAAAUCAGAACUACUCAGAACUUAAGUAUUUUUGAGUUCAAGACUAUUCUGGCACACUGAAGUUGGACUAGUCAGAGAAAGAGGCGAGUCUCCCUUUUCCAAUUCGGUCAGUCCUCGGCCGGUUUUAGAGUCAGCGCUCGAACUCCCACUUUGGCUUCAACUUGCGCAUGGCCUUUAACUGUGCAGGAAUUUCCGCAGAGGGGCUCGAGGGUCAUCCGGGCUGAGUAAAGGCGAUUCUUCCCCCGCCUCACUCCUUCCUCGUCACGAGUUUGGGAGGCUCUCACUUUGGCGAGUUUCCGCUGUUGAAUCCCGGGCGGUGAAACUGCUCGCUCGCUCGCUCGCUGUGGCAAUGGUGAACGGGCUCCGGAUGCUGUUGGCGUUGGCGACUCUGAUGUUUUUGGCGAAGGUGGAAUCUCCACCAUUGCAAUACAGUUGUGGUGAUGGAGAAUAUUACUAUUCUGGGAUUUGCUGCAAAAACUGCCCUAUGGGUACCCAUGUUGAUGAACCCUGCACCAUACCACAUACUUUGGGGCAUUGUGUAGCCUGCACAGAAGGAGAGGAUUAUACUGCUUAUGAAAACGGUCUUGAUACAUGCCUGCUUUGUGCUGAAUGCAAAUCUGGUACGACAAUGGUGAAACCUUGCACUGUAAAGAGUAAUACUGAAUGCCAGUGUAAUGAUGGAUAUUACUGUCCUCCAGACUGUGAGGAAUGUCUAAAAUGCAAGACAGAGUGCCCAGAAGGCCAGGUAACAGUGCAAAAUUGCAAUGCUACUGCAGACAUGAAGUGUGGACUACCUCCUACAGGACCUUCUUACAUUGAUUACAUGCCAAUAUUGUACAUUACCCUAUGCACUGUUGCUGUUUUGAGUACUGUGACUGUGAUUGGUAUUGUUAUUUUUUGCAAGAAACACUGUGUUCCUUGCAGGAAGGAAGAAAAAAGUGUCAACAAUCAUUUGAGCGCUGAUAGCACUGAUGACUUGCUGCCAAGCAGGAAAAACUCAAACACAGACGCACACCCUACUGAAAGCCAGGAAGUACACCCAUCUCUUGCUGAUCCUGCUUCUGUAUCAAGUUAUUCUGACUUGCCAGGGAGUAUCAGUUUAUCCUUAAACUGUACAAAGGAAGCAUCUAGCUCUGGGAGUGCUCCUCUGCCUCAGCUGACAGACAAGCCAGUCACUUACAACGUACAGUCAAAUUCAAAGGUGCUACCAUCUAACACUGAACAUUCUGCAGUGAUUAAGCCUUCCUAUGAUGAGCUAAGCGAAAUCUGUGAAGAGUUAGCAGAUAACGUGUUGGUUCGUGAUUGGACUGUGCUUAUGAGAAUUGCCGGUUUAUCAGAUAAUGACAUAGACAUCAUAACCCACGAUUAUCCUUCUGAUACCCGUGAACAAAAAUAUCGCAUGUUAAAAACAUUAUGUAACAAGUUUGGACCUGAGAGUGCUUUAUGUAAAUUAUUAAAUGGACUACAGCAAAUGAAGCUUACCCAUAUUUAUGAACAGAAUAAAUUAUUGUUAAAAAAUAUAAUAAUUGUAGAGGAUAAAGGCAGAUGUCUCUAUUUUGUUAAAAAUUUAGAACAAAAUCUGUAAAGUACAAUCUGUACAGCUGUCUUUUAUUCAUGACAUUUAUUGAAUAUUGAUUUUUGCUGAGGUAAAAAUGCCAUGCAUGGAACUAGUUCCUUUUGUUAGAGGAUGGUGUGAUACACACAUGCUAUGUGUAUCUUAGCAAUAAUUGUUGUACUUGAACAUCUGUGAAAUUGCUCUACUUGAAAGAAACUGGAAGUUUUAAAAUUACCAACUUUUUGACAUAUUGAGCUAAGUAACAAAAUGAAUGUAUACAGCUAUAAAAUACAUCUUCCGCAUGAAGGACAAAGUAUGUUUUAAGUAAAAAUGUGAUUUUUAUUGAAAGUGUCCUUUAUAUAAUAAUGAUUCUUAAGAUAAAAUUUCAUUGAAAUAACUUGGAUUUUUACUUGAAUUAUGGAAUACAUUUAUAUGUAACUUCUAUGAGGCUUUAAUUUAACAGUUUUUCAUUGGACUAUGAACUCUGUAUAUAAGCUUCCAUAUUAGUAACCAGGUGAUAUGUCCCUCUACUGAAAUGAAUUAUGAGAAAUGACAGAAAAGAGCAGUUCAGUGCUGGAUGGGGCAUUUGUAAGAUUUUGAUGUAACAAAUGAAAUUGUAGAACUGUGAUUUUUUUUAUUCAUUUAUUUUUUGUACAUUUUUUCUAAUAAAGGCAUUUCACUGGUUAGUGAA